UCCUGAAGAAAUGUCUUCUCAAAUUUCUGCAAAUCCAGUUUCAACUGAUCUUGAUGAUACCAUGUCCAACGAAAAGCGUCAUUUGGCUAAUUUUAAGCCUCACUUUUGGGGGGACAUUUUCCUCUCCCGUCCUGAAAUGGAUAUGGUUGCUACAACACAAGUACAAUAUGAAGAAUUGAAGGAAGAAGUGAGGAGAAUGUUGGUGGAUAAAUCAUCCCAAAAAUUGCACUUAAUUGAUGCAAUCCAGCGCUUAGGUGUGGCUUACCAUUUUGGGAAGGAGAUAGAAGAUGCCUUGCAAAGUAUAUAUCAUGAAUAUUGCAAUCAUGAUCUUGAGAGUGUUGAUGAUCUUUACACUUCAUCUGUUCGAUUUCGAUUGCUAAGAGAGCAUGGCUUCAAUGUUCAUUACGAGUCAUUCAACAAGUUCAAAGAUGAGAAAGGAAACUUCAAGCAAUCCUUAAUUAGUGAUGUGAAAGGCUUGUUAGAAUUGUAUGAAGCUGCACACCUUCGGGUGCAUGGAGAAAAUAUACUUGAAGAAGCUCUGGCUUUUACCACCUCUCAUCUAAAAUUGGCUGAAACUAUGGUAGACUAUCCUCUCUCGACACAAGUUGCUAAUUCUCUAAAGCGACCCCUCCGCAAGAGCUUGCCAAGGUUGGUUGCUAGGAGCUACAUUUCCAUAUAUGAAGGAUACGGUACCGAAGAUGAAAGUUUAAUGAAAUUUGCAAAGUUAGACUUCAACAUGGUACAAUAUUUGCACAGGAAGGAGAUAAGUGAGAUAUAUAGGUGGUGGAAAGGCUUAGAUGUUGCAAACAAUUUUCCUUUUAUACGUGAUAGAUUGGUGGAAUGUUACUUGUGGAUAUUGGGAGUGUACUUUGAACCCCAUUACUCCCUUGCUAGAAUGUUCAUGACAAAAGUAAUCGCCAUGACAUCAAUUUUGGAUGAUAUAUAUGAUGCAUAUGGCACACAUGAAGAACUUGAAAUUUUUACGAAAGCAAUUCAUAGGUGGGAUAUCAACUGCAUAGAUAAACUUCCGAACUACAUGAAACUGUGCUAUAGUGAGCUCUUAAAUGUUUAUAAAGAAAUGGAAGAUUUGAUGACCGAGCAAGGAAAAUCAUACCGGGUCCAACUUGCAAAAGAAGCAAUGAAAAAACAAUGUCAAGCCUACUAUGAUGAGGCUGAUUGGCUCCAUGAAAAUUACAUACCAACGCUGGAGAAGUAUAUGUCUCUUGCCUUAGUUUCUUGUGCUUAUCAUAUGCUUACAAUUACAUCUUUUGUUGGCAUGGAAGAUACAAUAACAAGAGAGACCUUUAUUUGGGCAUUUAAUAACCCAAAGAUUCUUAGAGCUUCAACAAUAGUUUGUAGGCUGAUGGAUGAUAUUGUUAGCCACAAGUUUGAGCAAGAGAGAGAACAUGUUGUCUCUUCCGUAGAAUGCUACAUGAAACAAUAUGGGGUAUCAGACCAAGAGGCAUACGAGGAGUUAAACAAACAAAUUAAGGAUGCUUGGAAGGAUAUAAAUGAAGAGUUCUUGAAACCAACAGCAGUGCCACAGCAAGCUCUUAAUCGUAUUCUCAAUCUUACAAGGGUAAUUGAUCUCCUUUAUAAGGAUGAAGAUGCGUACACACGUGUUGGGGAAGCAGCAAAAACUAGCAUCACUUCCUUGUUGAUUGAUCCAAUUCCAAUUGGAUUGAAGAAUGAAAAAAAAAAUUGUAUUAAUAAGAAGGGUAACUAAUAACUAUAGA